GACAGGGUGCCCAGCUCUUUAAGACAGCCCUGAAAGAGCAGCACAGAUCACAGCGACAUGGUCAUAACAUCAAACGAACAAUGAUGGAUUCUCCCUUCAAAGGCACUUUGUGGAUUAUACUUGUCUUCUUGACACUGCCACACCUCAGCUGCAAUAUGCUCUGCCCCAGCAGUUGCCAGUGUUAUUUUAAAGGCCCUGUCAAGUGUGUUGGAGACACCAUCACAGAUAUACCAAAGCAGCUGCCUGUCCACACAUACCUGCUGCAGCUUAAUGACACAAACAUGAACGUCAUAAAUGAGCAGAGCUUGGCAAACAUGGACCUCCUGUUGCGUUUCAGUCUGACUCACAGCCAUUUGCACAGUAUCCAUCCCAGCGCCUUCCAUGUUGCUCCACAGCUUAAGUCUGUCAAGCUGUCGUCCAAUGAUCUCUCUACCCUCCCUGCUCGGGUUUUCAGUCCACUGAUCACUCUGGAGCAGCUGCAUUUAGACGGGAACCAGUUGAAGACCAUUGCUCCGGAUAUGUUUGAUGGACUUGUCAGGUUGCUGGAUCUGGACCUCAGCUGGAACAAACUCAGUAGUCCUUCUUCAAAUGUUUUCGAUGGACUGACCCAACUUAAAUUUCUGAACCUUGGCAGGAACUCCAUAAAGAAACUUCCACCAACUAUCUUUCACACCUUGACUAAUCUUCGCAAGCUUAUGAUCUAUAACAAUGAGCUAGAAGUGCUAGAAGCUGGGAUUUUUGAUGGACUUGUCAACCUCGUGGAGCUAAAAAUCCAUCAGAACCAGAUCACCAGCCUUCCACCUCAGGUGUUCUGGUCACUGAGGAACUUAACGAUCCUGAACCUUUCCUCUAACCGGCUUCAAGCUAUCCCGGAAAAGAGCUUCUACAACAUGCCAAAGCUGAGCAAGCUUACCAUUUACAACAACCCGUUAUUAUCUCUACCAGACCAGCUGAUGGGUCACAUGCCUGACAUGACAGACUUUUAUCUGUAUGCCACUAACCUCACCACUGUUCCUGGGAAUUUGUUUGCAAACAUGUCUGGGCUCCGGAGCCUUAACCUUCAUUUUAAUGACAAGCUGAGGGAUUUGCCCUCAGACCUCUUCUGCUGCAUUCCCAAGCUUGAGAAGCUCUCAUUGAAAUCCAACGACCUCCAUUAUCUACAUCCUCAACUGUUUUCCGGACUAACCACACUGGGCAUGCUGCUUCUUAAUGACAAUAAGCUGCAGGGCCUACCGGAAAACAUCUUUCAGGGCAUCAGAGGGGUUUUUUCAGUUGAUUUGAACAAUAACCACCUUAAGACAGCUUUGAAGGUUCUUACUCUGAGUGGCAACCCCUGGGACUGUACUUGUAGUAUCAGAGGUAUUGCAAAAUGGAUAAGACAUAAUGAGCAUGUGGUUCUUGACAGACAGGAUGUGAUGUGUCAGAGUCCAGUGCACCAACAGCUCCGUACCAUUGAUUCCCUGCGUGAUGAGGAGUUCAACUUUUGCGAUGCUGUGAUAGUCAAAUCAAGAUAUCUUUCUACACAUGAGCCAACAAAACCAUUCCACACUAUUACAACCAGCAGACAAACAUCAGUUGUAGCUUCAGUAACCACACCCGCAUACAACAACAUCAACCCCCACUCAAGGAGCUACCCAACAAGUCGCCGUCCCAACAACCACUCCAACUAUAAAACCAUCUACCUUACAUACCACCAUCCUACCAACAACUCUCCAAACUCCCACCACCACCCGGGGCCCGAAUUUGUUCACCACAAACUCCACAACGGCUGGGUGUACGUGUGGUUUCUGCCCUCAGAUGAGGCCUUGACUGGGCUCCUCAUGUUUAGUCACAUCCUUCUCGUGGCCGCAGGCUUGUUCCUCAUUCUUGCUGCCAUGUUUUGCAUGUGUCGCCUCACGGAUGAGCUGAAGGCGGAGCGUGCACAUCCUCCAGUAAUAAUGGACCUGCCUCUGACCCUUCAUGUGCUCCUACUUCUCUGUUUUCUCAACACUGCUUCUUGGGCAUGUCCGGAUGGGUGUAAAUGUCAAGGAACCAAAAUCCUCUGCAUUGGCCUCUCUGACUUCCCUACAACUGUACCAUCUGCUACCAACGUCCUCUCCUUCUCCAAUUGCAGUAUCAAAUUCCUGAAACCAGAGGACCUAACUGAUUUCUCUAAUUCCCUUAGCACAUUUGUUAUUAAAGACACUGUUUUGAGGGAAGUGCACACUGGUACAUUUGAUUUUACUCCGAACCUAGUUGCCCUACUCUUUAGUACCACCGAACUGCAUGAUCUCCCUGAGGCCUUGUUCCAAAAUCUUCAGAAGCUCGAGAAUCUGAAUCUGAAGAGCAACAAGCUCUCUGUACUCCGUCCUAACUGGUUUUCCACGUUAGCAGAGCUGAAACUCCUUGACCUCAGUAAGAACCUUUACACAUCUGUACCUGUGGAAACAUUUCAUCCUCUUACUGAACUGCAGUACCUUUUUCUUUCUGGAAACAAUAUCAGUCAAUUACAGAGAGAAACUUUCAAGGGUCUUUCUAAGCUUAAAACCUUACGGCUUAACAAAAACUUGCUACAGGAACUCCCCCUUGGCAGUUUGGAUGAUCUUAAAGACCUGGAGGAACUAUCUCUACAUGACAAUCUAAUUACUCAUAUCCACCAUGACCUGUUCUCCAAGACUUUGAAACUCCGGAAACUGUUCCUCUCCAACAACAGGCUCACAUCUCUUCCACAAGGGAUCUUCUUAAACCUGCCCCUCCUUUCCCAGAUCUCCCUGUAUGAAAAUCAACUGGAGAGUCUGGGACCAGGAGUGUUUGGGCCCAUGGCCCUGAAGGAGUUGUGGCUGUAUGACAACAAGCUGAGCCGUUUGGAGGAUGACACAUUCAGGAACUUGACUCAGUUGCAUCUCCUGGUAAUCAGUCGCAACCAGAUCAGCUCUGUAUCCAAAAGGGCCUUUGGAGGGUUGGAGCAGCUGGGAGAGGUAUCCCUUCACACCAAUCUGCUCACAACCCUGCAAGCUGGGACCUUCCAAGGUCUGCCCAGUCUGGUCAACAUUUCCUUGGAGCACAAUGACAUAAGCUCCCUCCCUCUGGGUUUUCUCCAAGGCCUGAGCAACCUCGGACAGAUAGACCUGCGAAAUAACUCCCUUCCCAACCUGCCACAGGAGAGUCUAGAUGCCCUCACUGCAGCAAAGGAAGUUCUUCUGCAGCAGAACCCCUGGAGGUGUGACAAGGAUAUUUUGCCACUUAGAGACUGGAUGUUACAGCACCCAUCUAAGGUCAACCAAACUCUUGUGGUCUGUGAAACACCUUUCAGUCAGAACGGUGAGGUAAUUGCUCUGCUGGCAGAUGAGAACUUCCUGCCUCUCAGCUCUACAGAGCAGCCUGUGUUGACCUCAACAGAGAAGAGGAGAAAACCCCACACUCCUCCAACUAGACGAAGCACUUCCUCACCUGCUGUCAAGACUACCCUCACCUCAGAGCACAUGGAGGUCACGAGCGGUGGACAAGGGGAGAAGGAAACGGUUUCAAAUGAUACUUCGAUCAUUCUCAUCGUCAUCGCAGUAGUGGCCACCGUCAUCAUCAGCACUGUGAUCAUCAGCUGUUUGUGCUGGAAGCGAAACAAAAGAGGCAGGGGAAAUAUUGCCGGCAGAAAUAAGAACUCUGUGCUGUAGAUUAGACCACCCAAUAUUCGCAACCCAAGAACUUUAAAGCCAAGGGGAAACUGCUCUGAUUGCUGUGGUUUACUUGGAAAAUGUGCAGCCCAGAGUGAAUAUUUGAGCCUAAAAGACAACAGAAAGAACCACUUCAACUUCAUUCAGAUGUACCAGCUAGAACAGACAAGUAAACUUUUGAAUUCAUUAGCUUUUAAUUUUUAAUGAUCAAAAUUACCAGCCAGUAUUCCUCUUCAUUUGUGCUGUAAAAACAGACAUUGUAUGUACUAAUGGUAAACUCACAUUGCCAUCUUGUGGACAAACUGGACAUUUUGGUGAAUGUUAGCUCAGAUGCACUGAAACACUGUGACUUCUUCUAGUAGAAUUAAGACUGAAUUCAGUAUUGUUUAUUUUCCAGUAUUAAUAAUUACAGUUUGAAAAUUGCUUUUGUGCUAAAAACAAUACGUUGAGGAGACGGUUUUACUUUCUUUUGCAAAAUGGUAUCCAUGAAAAAUCAAAUCAUGUAAUUUUGACUCCACUGUAACACAAUUCAUCCUAUAGUUUACACACUUGCAAUGCCAAAUGCUACUAUACAAUGAAUAAAUGCACUAUUUUAGUGGGAGAAAUUGUA